CCCAGGUCAUGCCGGCUCCUCAGUUACCGGUGAAAAAAGAACUGGCUGGCGCCCGCCUGACUUGCUGCUGCCUGAGCGAAGAGUGGACGGCCGAAGUUAACUUAGGAGGGCUGCACUAUUGUCAUGGCGACAAAGUAACGGUGUUAUUUAUACCAACAAGAACAGGCGAAACUCUCAAGUCUUCAGAGUCUUAUGGGGAUUUGGGUUAAACGGGGCUAGAGAGGAUGGCGGAUUCAAUUCUGAGCAGAUCAAUUCACAAUGCACGCGACAAGGAGGAGAAACGUGAACAGGAACGGCGAAGGAAUCUACUUUAUCUUAUCGUGGAUUUUUUGAAGGAGCAAAGAUUUACCGAGUGCGCCGAUGCGCUUGCAAAAGAGGCUCAUCUCUCUAAGGAUGUUAAGCUCUGCGACAAUAUAGAUCUAGAUAUCGUUCUUUUGGAGUACAGCGAUUAUUAUUACGCAAAAUAUCAGAGAUAUCCAAAAAUUUGCAAAAAAGUUGAAUCCGCCGUGGAGAGUAACUUUGUACAUAAUCAACCGAAGAAGGAAAGAACCGUCAAAAAUUCAGGAAGACUGGAUGGGCAAUCGAGCGAUGAUAAAUUUGGAAAAUCAAAAUCAUCGACAAGUGAAAAUAAUACUGGCAGCGAGAUCGAGCCGAUUUUUGCACCGAUCGUUACUCCAAUUUUUCAAAGACCCAAAAACCAGGUGGGCGACGUAAGACUGGGAAAUAAUGUUGAAUCUUUGGAGAACGAACGAAUCCUUAAGCCUCUUCAGGGUCUCUACGAAAGCGGCACGGAAUGGCGAGAAAUUGCUGAGAUGAUUGCGAAGGAAAUUGUACAAACAAACUUGAACGUAAAGUGGGAAGACAUAUAUGGCCUUGAGGAGUGCAAAGAAACUUUGAAGCAGGCUACAGUCUUUCCCAUUAAAUAUCCAGAAGUAUUCAGCGGUAAAUUUUCGCCCUGGCAAGGAAUACUUUUGUACGGUCCAUCGGGAACAGGAAAAACGAUGCUGGCCAAAGCUGUAGCCACUGAAUGUAAUAUGACAUUCUUCAACAUCACCUCAAGUUCCAUAGUGAGUAAAUGGAGGGGUGAUUCUGAAAAAUACGUAAGGGUACUCUGUGACUUGGCCAAGUACCAUGCACCCUCGGUCAUAUUUGUUGACGAGAUUGAUUGGACGGUCACGAAGAACAGUGGAAGCUCUUCGACUUUGUCAGAACCAGCCAGGAGGUUCAGGGCUGAACUUCUGGCACGACUUGAUGGUUUACUUUCAAAUGAGAAAUCGCGCAUUCUUUUUCUGGCUGCGACAAACAUGCCAUGGGACUUGGAUGUUGCUUUGCUAAGACGUUUGGAAAAAAGAAUUCUUGUGAACGUACCGGACUCGAGUAUACGUGAGGCAAUUCUUGUGCAUUACGUAUCUGACGUUGUUCGGGCCCAGCAUCAAUUUAGUCAGUUGAUCAUUCAUACCGAUGGAUAUUCUUGCGCUGAUUUGAAACUUCUGUGCAAGGAAGCAUGGAUGAGACAGGUUAAAAAGCUUUUUUAUGAGCUCCAAAAUAAUCCAUCCUUUUCUGUGGAUUUAAAGUCAAAGCAGACAGACACUAUACAUUCGAUGAAAUAUUUAAUGGAUGCAUUGGCAAUUGUGAAACCUAUUGCGAAAGACGUCGUAGAAAAAUACGAGGCAUGGAAUAAGGUUCAUACGGAGGAUAACCUUAAAAAAAAGAUUUGAGAAUUACGACUAACAUUGGACUUGGUUUCGUUUGAGUU